AUGAUUAAGUCAGACUACCAAGAGUACGUGGACAUGCUGUGCUCCUGUAUGUUGGAUGUGGAACCGCGGGAUUACGUCGUCAGCAACUUCCUCUCUCUCGAGUUUGAUGAUCAACUGAUACAGGACUGUUUGGAUCUAUUGAAACCAGACAGGAUGAACGUCGUUAUCCGGUCUCAGACUUUCAAAUCCUGCUGCCGACUUGAAGAGACCUGGUUCAAGAGCAUGUACAGCGUUGAAGAUCCACCGGAUAACCCUGAACUACGUCUGCCGUCCAAGAACCCAUUCAUAGCUACGGAUUUCACACUGAAGCCGGUGGAGACUGAUUAUCUGACCAUAAAAGAACUGGCACUCGGGUCCGAACUCAUCCGAAUAUGGUUCCAAAGUGACAAUGAAUUUAACACACCUAAAGUUGUUAACGAUGAUGAUAACACUUCGUUAUAUCGAAGGUCAUGUUUAUCCGAUCUAUUCGUUUUUUACGUACGCGAGUCGCUGAGGGAGUCAGCGCACCAAGCUGGUGUUGCUCAUCUCAAAAACUACAUAGGAGUGGCUGAUUACGGGUUCUACUUGAAGUUCAGCGGCUUCAACCACAAAUUAAAAAACCUUUACCAGUUGUACAUCGACGGCAUACGAUCGCUAAAAACUAACUCGGAAACCUUUCGAAUGGUGAAGGAGCGAACGAGGAACUUGUACAAAAAUCAGAUCCUCUGCCCAGAACAACUGUGCAGCCAGUUGCAAGCGUCAUAUCUUUUGAGCAAGUUGAGCACGGUAACCCAGAAACUUGACUGCGUGGACUGCGUGAGUGAGGAGAUGCUGGCCUCCUACGUUGAAUCCAUCUUUGACGGCGUCUUCGUCGAGGCACUCUUCAAAGGAAACGUCACGUCAAAACAUAUGCAAGACGCGGUGAACCCGAUUCCGGUGAUACGCACCAUGACAAUCUACUGCUACACCAUCUCGCCAUCUUCUAAUAACGAAGCGCUGAACUUGAGCGAGUACUUUGUUGACAAGUUGAUGUUUCAACCUCUCACUAACUGCUCCGCUAUAUAUGUUACUGAGAUUCAACGUGGAAGGACCCUUCUUGCGGUACCCAAUAAAAACGAUGAUGACAACAACUGCGUCAUAGCUAACUAUUAUCAGUUGCCGGAGCCAGGAUGUCUUAAAGACUUGCUCCUCGCUGAGAUGUUCGUGUCCCUAAUGGAGCAGCCAUGUUUCGACGAGCUACGAACCAAUCAGCAGCUGGGAUACAGUGCCACGCCCUCUCUCGUCAUCGUUUAUGGUGUUGUGGGCUUCUCCAUCACCGUAUGCUCGCAAUCAGAUAAGUUUUCCAUGAAACAACUGGACGACUGUAUAGAAGACUUCGUGGAUAGCUUCUACUACAAAAUCGUCGAUGGCGCUGAUGAAGGGUUUACAGAUAUGCUAACAUCAAUGAUCAACUCACGUAAUGGUGUUGACGUCUCCCUCUCGGGGCAGGUCUUGAGGUUCUGGAACGAAAUAUUAACCAGGGAGUAUGAAUUCAAUAGAAAUAAUGAAGAGUUGAAUGUACUACACGAGUUGACAGCAGAUGAUUUGAGAGAUUUCUGUCAAUCAAUCAUUCCUCGUGAUCGAACUUCUAGAAGGAAACUUUCGAUACAGGUUAUUGGAAAGCGACAACUGCGAACGUAG